AUGGGUUGCUUUUGUUCCAAGGAUUCGAAGACCUCGCCCGCCCUCCGCGUCGACAACGAUCCGGGGCUUGUUUCUGGUGCCGGAAGGUACUCGGAGCAGGAAGUGUAUCCGGGGGAGUUUGGUGGGCUUCCACGACGCGUCCCGAACGGCAACGACAAGCGAGCGCCACGUCCCGUCAAGAUCAAACGAGCGCCGAAGCGAGUCUCCGUAUCCCAGGUCAAAUGGAAGAACCCGAUCGAUGUACGAUACGAGUAUUCGGUCCCAGGUCGAAAGCCCAGGCACGACAACCCGCAAACCAGUAGCGAGAGCGCGAGCGAUGACUCAACUAUUGGCGACAAUCCUCCGGGGGAGUACGCUGGACUUCCAGGACCCAUACCGAACGACAAGGACCGACCGCCGCGACCCGUCAGGAUCAGGCCUCGACCGCGACGAUCGACCUUGUGGAGUGUGAGAUGGAGUAGUGUGAAGGGAGGCAAGAAGGCUGCCGAGAAGCGUGGUUCCCUCGACGACCCCGACGACCCCGACGCGUAG